CAACCUGCGCGCGUGCGCCGGAUGUGCGCAUGCGCGACGGCGGGGAGGGCGUGUCGGCCCGAGGAGAGGCGGCCGCCCGCCCUGCUGCUGCUGCUGCUGCUGCUGCUGCUCUUUUUAUUUGGGUUUCGCGUGUCCGCCCGCCCGUCUUGCCUUCCUGUUGUUGUUGUUGUUGUUGUGUUGCGUUCGCGCGACGACGAGGACGAGCUUGCAGACGCACUCGCCCCCCCCCCCCCCGCACGAGAUGGACGAGCAUGUCGCCGCGAGCACUCUGUGACGUCGCCGCGACGCCGUCGGGGUUGUCUGCGCAACGACCAUCGAGGACCGGGACGUUAUCUGAACACCCGGUGGAGUAAAUUUUCCCUCGUUGUCAUGGAGACUCUUUCCCAAGAUUCCCUGCUGGAAUGCCAGAUCUGCUUCAACUACUUCAGCCCGCGGCGGCGGCCCAAGCUGCUGGACUGCCGCCACACGUGCUGCUCCGUGUGCCUGUCGCAGAUGCGCAGCAGCCACAAGGAGAUCCGCUGCCCGUGGUGCCGCGGCGUCACCAAGCUUCCGCCGGGCCUCUCCGUGGCCCACUUGCCCGACGACCCCGACGCGGCGGCCGUGGCGGCCAUCCCGCACGCCUCCGAACGCACGCCCGUCUUCAUCCGGCUGCCCGGCAGCGGCUGCUACAUGGUUCCGCUGGCCGGCGAGGAGGACCGGGCGCCCGGCCUGCUGGCGUGCCGCUUCCUGCCGGGCGGCGGACAGAAGGGCGUGGCGCUGGUGAGCGUGCCCGAGGAGAGGCCGCUGGGCGCGGUUCUCCAGGGGGAGGACGGCGAAGGGGAGCGGCACGUGAGCGGGCCGGCGGCGGGGCUGGCGGCCAAGGGGUCCACGUGGUCGGGCGUGUGCACGGUGGUGCUGGUGGCGUGCGUCCUCCUCUUUCUGCUCGGCAUCGUGCUGCACAACAUGUCCUGCAUCUCCAAGCGCUUCACCGUCAUCUCCUGCGGAUGAACCACGGACGGAAUCCGCCGUGACCCGCCGCAGAUUCCAACGAGACCCCCCGGGCGCCGACCUUUGGACGUGAAACAUUCCCGAGGUUUAAUCCACUCCGCCCUUUACCCUUUUGUUAUUCAAGACUCAGGCUCGUCCGAUUGGUUGUUUAGUUUCUGUCUUUAUGUACAUUGUUUUUGUUGUUUUAUUUUGAAGAGACUUGGGACUCGGGCUCUGAGUCUAUAAGGACAAAGCUUGCGUGUGACUUGUCCACUGAGUCCGUCUUGUCAAUAAAAUUGUGGUGUUAGA